UGUAAUAGCCUAUAUAGCUUUUGAAUUACUGAUAGUUUGUUUUUGGUAGUCAAGUGUGGAAAACAUGGUGUCGACCGAGGAGGAUUUCAGCUCCUUCGUUCUGUAAUGAAAGCGUUAAACGCAAUGUGAAGCUGGGCGGUGAUUCUUUCAGCAUAUUCUGCGCCGAGCACCAGACGCGCCGCCCUUCUCGCAGACAGUAGACGGGGGAAGACCUCGCUACGAAAAAACGUGUGCAUUUAGAACAUACUUGUUGAUCUUCUCCAUUACAAUGGGAGGGCGACAUUCUAGGUGGACUAAAUCAGUGUGUGGGAUGCUUAUCUAACCAUGUUCAGGGCGGAGGAGAUCAAGGGUGCCACCGAGAAAACGGCGUUUGAAACGGAAUAGGUCAGAAACCGUCCCAGGAGUGAGCUAAUAAUAAACCAAUUUCCUUCUUUCAUCUUGUAUUUAAUGUUUUCAUCACUGCUUCUCACAAUUCCGUUGGAUGAGCCAUCCUGAAGUUAAGAUUCAAGGAUGAGAGAAAGCAAGCGCAAAUGUAGACCGUAACUUUUCCCUGUGUGGAUCUUGACUGUUGGACCCUUUGGAACACGGUGGAAGUGUGUGUCGUAACUUCAAAAUGGAGAAAUCUCCGACUGGAUUGAAUAAGAAUGGCUCGCGGUCGACCGCCUCGCUACCCCCGGAACCAGUAGAAAUCAUCCGCAGCAAAUCAUGUUACCGCAGGGUACGGCUCAACGUUGGGGGGCUUCCACACGAGGUCCUUUGGAGAACGUUGAAUAGGUUACCACGCACCCGGUUAGGUAAACUAAGAGACUGCAACACCCACGACUCACUCAUGGAAGUUUGUGACGACUACAACUUGGACGAGAACGAGUACUUUUUCGACAGGCACCCCGGAGCGUUCACGUCCAUUCUGAACUUCUACAGGACGGGUAAACUCCACAUGAUGGAGGAGAUGUGCGCCUUAUCUUUCAGUCAAGAGCUGGACUAUUGGAGCAUAGAUGAGAUCUACUUAGAGUCCUGCUGCCAGGCCAGGUACCACCAAAAGAAAGAACAGAUGAAUGAGGAGCUCAAAAGAGAGCAAGACACCAUGAAAGACCGAGAAGGGGAGGAGUUCGACAACACGUGUUGUGCAGAGAAACGAAAGAAACUCUGGGAUCUUCUUGAAAAGCCCAGUUCAUCCGUUGCAGCAAAGAUCCUAGCCAUCAUCUCUAUUCUUUUCAUCGUGCUGUCGACCAUCGCCCUGUCCCUCAACACCUUACCUGAGCUACAGGACACAGACGAGUUUGGCCACGCCUCAGACAAUCCCCAGCUGGCCCACGUAGAGGCGGUCUGCAUCGCUUGGUUCACCAUGGAGUACCUUCUCCGCUUCCUCUCAUCCCCCACCAAAUGGAAGUUUAUUAAAGGUCCCCUGAACGUGAUCGACCUUUUGGCCAUCCUUCCUUACUACGUCACAAUCUUCCUGACUGAGUCCAAUAAGAGUGUUCUACAGUUCCAGAACGUCCGGAGGGUGGUUCAGAUCUUCCGGAUCAUGCGUAUUCUGAGGAUUCUGAAGCUGGCCCGUCACUCCACGGGGCUUCAGUCUCUAGGUUUCACCCUGAAGAGGAGUUACAAUGAGCUGGGUCUACUCAUUCUUUUCCUGGCCAUGGGUAUCAUGAUCUUCUCCAGCCUUGUAUUCUUCGCCGAGAAAGACGAGGACGACACCAAGUUCAAAAGCAUCCCAGCUUCCUUCUGGUGGGCCACCAUUACUAUGACCACGGUGGGUUACGGGGACAUUUACCCAAAGACUCUAUUGGGCAAAAUUGUGGGUGGUCUCUGUUGUAUCGCAGGGGUGCUGGUGAUUGCCUUGCCCAUUCCCAUUAUUGUCAACAACUUCUCUGAGUUUUACAAGGAGCAGAAGCGUCAGGAGAAGGCUGUGAAGCGGCGGGAGGCGCUGGAGAGGGCAAAACGCAAUGGGAGCAUUGUUUCCAUGAACAUGAAGGAGGCAUUUGCCCGGAGCGCCGAGCUGAUGGAUGUGGUGGUAGAGAAAAGUGAGAGGCUGCUGAUGCAAGACAACCACCUCUCGCCCAGACACUGGAAAUGGACGCCCAAACGGGCUGCCACCGCUUCCGAGACCAGCUCAGCCCACUCCUUCAACCCCGUGGAGUCCCAGACAGGUUCUCCCAUUAAAGCCAGGGCAUCCAGUCCACAGAGGCUCAACCCUCAGAAGCUAGAGGAGAUGUAUACCCAGAUGGCCAAGACUCAAUCGCAGCCCAACCUCAACGCCAAAGACAAGAGCUCCAGGACCGGCAGACAGAGAGAUAGGGAUGAGAUAGAGCUGGGGGCCAUUCCUGGUGGUCAAGGUAAUCCUAUGCUAGAGGGCCGAGAGGCUGUUGGGGACAUGAAGAGCCUGUCCAGUAUUGACAGCUACAUUAGCUGUGCUGCAGACUUUCUGGAGAAUCCACGUAGUGUCUACCCCCAUAGUCCAGCUUCCGGCCUGGCCCUCCUUGCCCACGAGACCAGCCGCUUUUCUCACAUCAGCCAAGUCACAGCCCUCCCUGGGCGGGUCAGCAUCAACCCUGGUCUCCAGACCACCAUGGAGCAUGAAACCGUGUUUACUCCAGAGUCUACUGCCAAACAGCCAGGCUCCGACAACACUCGCAACUUCAACAACCCUUUGAAAGGUGUCAGCCACUCCUACAAGGCGAACCAUCAGAGCAGUGGAGGCGGGUCGGGACCAGGGUCCGGGCGGUCGCCCAGCAGUGGUGGUCCCCUCUCGGGUAGCUCUGCCCUGUCUGACCGCUCCGCCCUUAGCCCAGAGACAUCAAUCUACACCACGGCAAGUAGUAGGACCCCACCCAAGUCCCCAGACAGCUCCGACCUGACAACGGCCCUGACCUCCACUCCAGCCGUCUUUACCUUCCACGACUCCUCCAUCAGUAAGUACAUUGACGCCGACACGGACGACGACGAGCACCUGCGGGACGUGUCGGACGCCACCAGCCCCUCGGAGUGCCUGCUGGCGGGCUCCGGCGCUCCCAAACGCAGCAGGAACAUCAGCAGUGGCUACAAUCAGAGAAGCAUCAACCACCUGGCAUCAAGCACCACGCAGCGGAUGCUGGGGCAGAACUGCCUGUUCCCUGGACUUGAUGGGGGCAUGCGGGGGAGCGGAGGCCACAUGGAGAACCAUGUCGUUCCGGAGCUGCCACGCAGGCCCAAAGGAGACAGGGGAAGGUCUAGCACCCAGGACGAGAGCCUCUGAGUUGCAGAGAUUGGACAGAGCAGAGGAUAGCAUGACCAGCGCGAAGGGAGCUGGAGCAAGGAGGACGUCAGGGACAUUCCGGAGAGACGCAGACAAGCUGCUGUGAGGGAGGCAGAUGAAGAGAAAGUGAGAGCGAGUGAGUGAGAGAGAAAGAAGGAAAAAAAGAGAGAAGAAGAGACACUGUGACAAUCUCAUGAAAAACUACCAGAAAAGGCUAGUAAAGUGAUAGAGAUCCAGGGAAGCUUUUGGGCUGUGGUGUUGAAUACUCUGGAAAAAGACAUCACUCAUCCCUCUCCCUCCCUUCAUCCCUUCCUAUUAGCCACAGCACACUACAUACCGCAGAACUGGGCAGAGCACUCCUAAGGAACCAACUGGGACACAUGGGAGCAGGUCAAAGCAGAGCAUGCUGGGAAGGGACAUGGUCUGUGGAUUGGUUGUGUUGCUGUGGCAGUUCAGUUCAGUGGCUUCGGGAUAGGGAUAGAGCUGGUGAUGGGUGAGAACGUUUGAGCAGGGAUACGUGAGGCUGGUUACAGCAAGGAAAGAUUCCUGUUUGGAGCAUGAAGAUAGGUCGAAAGGCGGCCAUCGUAGUCUCCCACAGAUCAGUGUACCCAGCUGACCACUGUCCCAUUCCACCCUGAGCCUCAGCCCAGCUCACACUGUAGUUGACUAGGGGAGUUCAGAAGAAGAGUUAUGGUAGACGCCAAUAAUCUACUUAGCAGUGCACCCCUAGCCCCAAACCUGGCCUUAGUCAUAUGUAUGUGUGUGCAUGUUUGAGCGUGUUAGGCGGGCACAUGUUUAAGAGAUCAUUUAUGUAUCCACACUUUGAGAUUGUCUCACCUGAUUCAUUUAUUUUUAUAGAGAUAAAGGAGUUUACCUAUAGAUGCUGUAUCUGUCAUUUGCUAGUCCGUCGUGUCAUGCCAUAUCUGUUGGAAUACUUCUGUAUAAUAUAUUUCUUCUUGUCAGACAAAUUACAGUUAUUGGAGGUUAGCGAAAACCACAGUCUGUCAAAAAACGGUCUUGUCUUUGGUACGGUUUAUAUUGUGGUGAGCAUAGAGUACCACAUCUGAUCUUAACAUUUGUGUCUUGAUUGUGUAUUUCAUUAUUAUGUCAUUUUAUUUCUGAAUGUUGGAAAGACAUGUCUUUUUUCGGCAUCAGUUUGUCAGGCACUAUGAACAUCCCUGAAGGUGUGUGCGUCAAACACACAUUUAGGAGCACAUUUAGGAGCACUCUCCUCAAAGGCAUUCAUGUACCCAACAGCCUGUCUCUUCCUCCCAGCCAUCAGGGAGACAGAAGCGUUCUAAAGAAACACUCGCUGAGAGAUGCAAAAUAAUUUACCUGAUUAUUUCUAUGGUAUUUUAUAAAGAAUGUGGUAAUUAGUCAUUUAUCUUUAUUUCCAAAGCAUUUGCCACAUAUGCUCACAUUUAAACAUUGUAAAACAUAAAGCUUCCUGAACAUUCAUCAUCCUUGUUUUCCUUUAAAAAACACGAAGAGACAAAGAGUGAUCUAUUUCAAACUGUGGUUGGAAUAGGUGUUGAGAGAGGUAACAUGCUGCCUUGUAGUUAAGGUAUCAGGAUGUGAAUCCUUGAGCCAGCCAAGUGAAAAAUCUGCCUUUCAGUCCCUGAGUGAGACUAAGAACCCUAACUGCCACUGUAUGUCACACAGGAAGACAGUGUCUGAUAAAUGACAGCGAACGAGAGAGAGACUCCAUGUAAUCCUUCUCGGGUUCGUCAUAGAAGACAAACAUUAUUCUCAAAUGAACAUUACGUGUCAUCCAGGAAACCUGGUUACAGGAUUAUAUUAAAUAGCAUGUCGUUUGGAGUGCAUGUGCAUUCAUUCACACAGACAGACAGAAAAACAACCAGACAGACAUUGAAAGGCCAGCUGAUACACAGGUAUUAUGUGGAGGACAACAUCUUCAAGAUAGCUCCAGCCCAGUUUCCAUAGUAACAGGCUGCCUCCUGGCAAGGCUGAUUCCAGAGCUACAUAGCUCUGCUAAUUGGGGUGGUUUGUAUGAUGAUAUCAAAAUACUUGCAUUCUUAUAUGUUUACACAGUUUGCACACCCUCAAAGACACCGUAGUUAGUACACAGGUAUACGCAUAGAUAAAUGAGGCAAAAAUAAACAUUGCCCUCCUCAAAUGACACAGAUCUAUAUGGCAAGACUCAUCACACCCAAGUUUUGUCAAAAUUCGGGCAAGUGUUGUCAGAGAUUUUGUGCAAUGAUUAUGGCCAGAUGACCACAGCGCCCCCCUAGGGUUAACCAGUGUACAUGUUUAAAUGCCCAAUCUCAUUGGCAAGAAACAUCAUUCACGUACGUAUGUUUGGUCAAAAUAGGGCCAGCAAUUUCUGAGAUAUCCUGUACGUGUACAUGCCCCCACACACGUAUGUGCCAAAGGAGAAAGAUCCAUAGUCUCUUGUAUUUUAUUGUGGAGGACAAUAUACAGUACCUCCUGUAGCCCAUCCUAUAUGGCUUGUUAUGUAAUUUAGAUACAGACACACUGCAAUCCUGGUCUGGGUUGCAUAUAUAUACAUAUAUAUGUCUAAUGCAUUCUGAAUAAGACUCAUCGCAGGGCAUAGAUAUCACUAAAGAUGCUUAUAAAUACAAAGGGCAACCCUGAAUACUGUCCACAUAAACGUCCAUGUCUUUGUCCUUUGCUCUUUCUCUGAGCAAAAACAAAGAAAAGAUAGAGAGAAAGGGGGAGAAUGCAGCCUCUCCAGAGAGUCCCAUGUAUGGCUCCCGUUCCUGCGUGAGCUGGAUCCAAGUGAGUGGAGCUGAGGUGUGAAGGGAAUAGCAAUGACUGCAGAAGUGUCAGGUCUCCUGAAACAGUGACUGUGUGUUUUGAUUGUGUUUUAAGGGAUUGCUGCUCAGCCAAGCACAGAGCUGGUAAUUAGAGAUGUGUGGUUACUUAAUGGAGGACGAUGAGCUGCUUCCGGUUUGUGUGUGUGUGUGUGUGUGUGUGUGCCCACGUGAGAAGAGAGACUUCUGUUUUAAAGAGGGAGUUGUUUUCAUCUGGGGGUUUUUUCUGCAUAUUCAGACUGCUCCUGUGAUCAUGUAACAGUGAAUACUUUUCCAGUAGUAUCUGGGGAACAAUUGUCCUCAGAAGUACUGUGCAAUGAUUUUUUACUGGCAGGCAUAUUUUUCUCAGCCUGUAGAAUGAUUCAAGGCAAUAUCUAACUUCGCAUACUACUCCAGUUCACAGCCCAUUCCAUGCUUAGGCAUGUACAGUCACUGUGUGCAUGUUAGGGUGGGUUCGUGCCAGAUAACCAGAAAGAUUGCUGGUAGGAAGUUAAUUUGCACAAAAGACAUAAUUAGGUGUCCACUUUGUAAGACAAUGUUAACAUGGAUGAAUUGAACUGAUUGGUGAACCUGCAAUGUCACUGUUUUAUGGUCAUUAUGUUCACAUUACAGAAUUUUAAAUACUUCUUAUCGUCCACACUGGUGGUUAAACUGGCUACGAGUCCAGCUUGAUUCUGGCUUCAAGCAUUAUCUAAUACAAAGUUAUGUGCUGCAUUCCCAUGUUUCGCAUUACCAUGCAUCAACACUCUCACUGAAAGAACACAUUGUUUGAGUCAGGGACAGCUUUGUCAUGGAAACUCUCUUUAAAAAAUUAUGACAAUCAAUUCCUCGUGAAUAGACAUGAAAUACAUUGUAGCAUUAUGAAGACAAGAUCCUAUGGAUUCACACAGACAGAUUAAAUCACAUGACAUGAAAAAAAGAGUAUAUACACAAACAGAAAGGACGUGUUUGUUGGCAGCAUUGACUAUGUUUUUGCUUCGGGAGCGGGGAUAUUUCUGGACAAUUUCCUGACAAGGUGGAGUUUGUUUACUACAAUACUGUGACCAAUGCCCAGUAUGUAUAAAAACUAUCCUGAAAGGGCACUUUACUCAUCGUUCCUCUUUUCCGUCUCUGAGUGAGUCACCCAACAUUCUAGCAUCCUAUAGUGUUCAAGAGCUUUAACGUUUACUGUGGUCCAGAGUAAAAAGUUUCUGGGGUCAAAAAGAGUUCUAAAUCUGGUGUUUUAAUGAAAAAAAGCACAAUCAAGUGACAUUAUUUCUUCUUUUUUGAUAAGAUAUGAAAAACAUACAAUUUAGGAAUCAGCUUAAUGGCAUUGACGUGUACAUUUGAUUUCAAGGUUGAGGUCCAUUUAAAAUGCUUUGGUGAAUAUGAAUUUAAUUAAAAACAUAAUAUCAUUUAUAUAGAUGGAAUUGACCGACAACUUUGCCGAAUUCACAAGUCAUUGUAAUGUACAUCAAUUUCUGGGAACUAGAGAAAAAAGAAAAUAAUUUGACAGAUUCUCUGACUGUGCCCACCUCUUCUACUGUUGUUUGUAGGUCUCCAGGCUACUGUUUGUUUUGUAAUAUUUAUACCUGUUGACUUUCUUAAGCUGUAAGUUGUUUCUGUAUAAAUGUUCUGUUGUUCGAUCGAUGCAUGUUGUAACUUUGGAGCCGUGACUGUGUGUGAAGCACACGCACAACACCAGUUCACCUGUUCUGUAAAAAGUGUCUCAAUGUCCCAAGAUCUUUCUAUUUCUUUUAAAAAGGCAACAUUCCCCUGGACAACUCAAAAUUAAAUAAAAUAAAAUUAUUUAA